AGCCAGCUCGGCAGCUGCCCGGAGGCGAGUGGUGCAAAGCCGCCGCGCGUCCUUUCUCCGGAGGCUUUGGCGAGGGAGCGGGAGCAGCAUGACUUCCGCGGCGCUGGAGAUUUUGGGGCUGGGGCUGGGCAUCCUGGGCUGGGUGGGGGUGAUCUUGGCCUGCGGGCUGCCCAUGUGGCAGGUGUCAGCCUUCAUCGACGUGAACAUCGUGGUGGCGCAGACCAUCUGGGAAGGGCUGUGGAUGAUCUGCGUGGUGCAGAGCACGGGGCAGAUGCAGUGCAAGGUGCACGACUCCAUCCUGGCGCUGCAGCCCGAGGUGCAGACGGGCCGGGCGCUCACCGUCAUCGUGGCGCUGCUGGGGCUGGUGGCUCUCAUGGUGACCGUCGUGGGCGCGCAGUGCACCAACUGCAUCCGGCCCGGCAAGAUGAAGUCCCGCAUCGUGAUCGCCGGCGGGGCCAUCUACAUCCUCUGCGGGGUCCUGGUCCUCAUCCCGCUCUGCUGGUUCGCCAACAUCGUCAUCAGCGACUUCUACGACCCGACCGUGCCACCGUCCAAGAAGCGGGAGAUGGGGGCAGCGCUCUACAUCGGCUGGGCGGCCACGGCGCUGCUCCUCUUCGGGGGCUGCCUCAUCUGCUGCUGCUCCUGCUCGCAGCGGGAUGAGACCUCCUUCCCCGUCAAGUACUCGGCGCCCCGGCGGCCCACCUCCAACAGCGAGUACGACAAGAAGAACUACGUCUGAGCAGGGCUCGUCCCGGCUCCCCCAGCCGCGGCAAGGACACAGACAGAGGCGCCCGGCCCGGCCCGCAGUGCCGCGAGCGUCUCCGGUGAGCUCGGCCGAGCGUGUGCUGCGGCGCUCCCCUGCCUAGAGCCCCUUUGCCGCGGGGGCAGCCCUCGCAGAGCCCUAGGCAGGGGGGCCCUGCUCCCUGCCAGCCCCCUCGGGCCGCACCGCUCCGCUGCGCGCUGCCGGGGACCCGCUGCUCGCCGCCUGCGGUGCUCGCCCUCCCCUGCCGCACGGCGCAGCCAGCCAGCGGCCCCGGGGGCGGCCGCGGCACCGAAGAGCCGGGUGAGCCGCAGCGGGGUCUGCCGGGACGCCCCGUCCGGCCGCCCGCCCGCCGCGAGCCGCUGCCGUGAAGGGGCGCGCUGGGGAGCGCGGGGUCCCGGCACCCGGGCUCGCCCCCGGCCCUCGUCCUGGGAGACCUGGGAGUGCUUCGUCGGCCGCUCUCGCUGCUGGUGCCUCUCUUGGUGCUGCCUGGCUGUUGGGACUGCGCUGUCGGGCACGCGGGGGAAACUUCCCUUCGCUCUCUCUCCUGAAAACCUGCACCUGGCCGAUUUCUGCUGUGGCUGUCACUGGUUAAGUUUUUCUCAUUUACUUCUUCUUGGGCAACUAAAUUAGGGUCUCUGACUAAAGCAUGACACUAACCUCGGUCCUUAAUCCUGCAGGCAAAUGACUGUUUGGACAAAGGUAUUUGAGGUCCUUCAGUUGUUUCAGUGCCUCAGCGAGGUGCACUGCUCUGUGUGCCUCUGAGACUGUCGUACGCAACUUCAGAGAGUUGCUGUCGUUUAGUGGAGUACAAACAGAUUAUUCUAGGUUGCCCCUUGAGGUUCUCCAUCCCUUCAUCAGCUUCUGUUCUAGGUUUACUUGAAUAUGAAAUCGCUGCAGGUUGCCAGAAUUUUUGGAGGACUAGAUUCAGAGACCUAGGAGAUCCUCGUGUGUCCUGGCUCCCCCAGGGCCAUUCCCUCCGUGUCCUCCCAUCUGCACUACAGGAGACUGGAAGCAUAAAUACAUAUCGAUGGCUGGUGGAUGGACAGCUUUUGUGGCCUCCUUGCCGAGCCCCUCUGGCUACCAGUUUCGAAUCGUGUUCAGCUGGAUGAGCAGCCGCUUGGCUCCCCAACAUAACUCUGCUAAUGUGUACUUCCCUUCAUUUACCAAAUCGGGCAAAGAAAUUCAGUGUGAAAAGACUUUUUCCAAGUGUUUUGUCUGAACUGCAUACAGGCUAGUCAAGAGAUGCAAAGCCGUGGCUCUCAGGCCUCUUAGCUCCACCGUAUUGCCCUGGUAACGCUGUGCAGAUUGGAAAGAAGAUACUCCGGGCAACAUAACUCGCGGUUUCUGAGCCUGACAACAGCUAAACUGCACCACAGCCUGGAACAUUGACAUACACCUUUCCUUUUUUGCUCCAGAAGCAAACUUUUUUUAAAGGAGAGAUUAAGGGAAAGUGUGAUACAGUAUCAUGCAAAUUAUCAAGAGAAAAACAAGGUCUUACUUGUACCUUUAAAUCAACACUGAAUUCUGCUACGGACCAUGGCAGAAUCUGUAUCGCCAUAAGGAACUUCCUGCCAACAGCUAGCAAGGAAACGUGCUAUUUACAGAGCAUCAGUAUGCUACACUACAACCUCGCGGGUCCCUCACAGACGCAUAGCAAUACAGGGCAUACCUAACCUGUGUUUAACUCUGAUGAGUUUCUGAUAAGGCUAAGAUGUAAGGACUAACCGUAACUGUGGUUCUGGGGUAGGUUUACAUCUACUCUGUUCUUGCUUUGCUUAGCAAAUUGAAAAAAACCCAGAGGUAUCAAUAUGUUCACAGAUCCGUAUGAAAGAUUAAAGCCUUGCCCCAGCAAAUGUUGAUGUUGAAUACUGAGCAGAUGAUUUACCUUUUAAAGAUAACUGCUUUCAUUUUUAAACACAUAUGUUGCAGGGUCUGAGCCCAUCAGACAAUACAGAUACAGAGCAAUAUCAUUAGAACUAUUUUUUUUUCUAUAAAGAGGUGCAGUUCUUGUAUUGGCUGCAUUUAAGUAAAAGCUAUAAUAUUGUUGUUAUGAUGUGAUAUGUAGUUUUGGUACAAGAAUGAAAUAUUCUGUAUUUCAUCAUUGCAACUUUUUUUAAAACAAUGUAACCUUGUAAACUGUAUUUAAAUGCAUAUAUUUUGCAAGAAAUCUACCAAAGUUGGUUUGUUAUGUGAUUUGUUGCCUUUAUUUGUUUUAUGGUCAUUUUAUUGUGAAUGAUAAUGUCCAACUGUCACCUGGCCCACAGCUAUAGACACACUACUCCCUCAUUCAGCCCUCUUGUGUCAAGGAAAAGAAUAAAUAGGAAUUAGCCCAAAUCCUGCAAACUUCACUCUCUUUUGGCAAAUCUCAUUCAUUCAAUGGGAAUUUGCCUCAGAGAAUCAAAAAGUAACCCCAUGCUGCCGGACACACCUCCGUGUAACUUUACUCUAGCACUAUGUUUCAUUAGAAUAAGCAAAGUUACGGAAAGGUUGCUGGGGUAAAGCCUACGGAAGUGUUGCAGGAUUUGGGUCUGGCCAGAAGAUGAAAUAUUUCUGAGCAGUGCGUUUCCAGCGUUAAGAAUCAAAUCAGAGCUGGUGUCUUUGGGGGAGGGAGGGAGGGAAAUCCACGUUUUGGAAGGGAGGUUUAUUUAACAAGCUGAACUUCGUGAUAUAUUGCUUUGUGUCACAGCAGGGCUGGGUCUACUUAUAACCAAAAUCUGAAACAAUUCCACAGGACCUCUUGGAAAAGCCAGCACUAGCUGUGUAUGUACUAGUAAACACAGCGUCAUCCUACCAAAAACAAGACUCGCUGCUGAUGCAAUGCCAUUUCACUGAGGUCACUGGGGCAGUGCCCAACAACACGAGCAGGAAGCGGGGCCCAUUUUUAAAAAAUAUUUUUGUAUUUAAUCUCAUCCUUCAGUACACUUAUUCACUGUUGUGCUUUAAAAAAUAACCCAGGAGAAUGUUGUUUCUGAUGCCACUGGCUUCAGGGUGAAAAUCUAAGUUGGUUUUUGCUUUGUUUUGUUUUCCAAGAGCAAAGACCUAGUCUUGAAUUUUAAGAAUUGGAAGUGCUCAGGAUCAGGCCUGAACCUCAUCCCAGUGAAAAACAGAAACCUACAGUACUGGUUUACUAUUUUUAUUUUGUAUUUAUGAUUUCACAUAAAAAUAAAAAUAAAAACAUCUAAACCCA